CGCUUUUUCGCUUUACAUACGCAAUUCACUGCAGCUAUCCGCUUCUGCUUCCGGUCACACACCCCAUCGAGAUGGCGGACAGGGAGGCCCCACCUGGGUCCGGAAUCGGGAGGAAGCGGAGAUGCAGGGACGCCGGCGCCGCGGCAGGCCUACCCGACCCGGCCGCCGCCGCUGGCGGCGGCAACAGGCUCCUGGCCGGGUACCUCGCGCACGAAUUCCUUGCGUGCGGCACGGUCCUGGGUGAAAGGCGGGCGCCCGGCGGGCCGGACACGGGCUCCGAGGCGAGUCAGGGCCGAGGGCAGGCCGCGCGGUACGAGGCCGUGGCAGCGCUGGUGCAGGUCGGCGGCGCCUGCGUUCCCGGGGUGGUGAACCCCGCGCAGCUCGCCGCGUGGGCGACGACACGGUGAGGAGGCCGCGGGGAAGGCGUACAUGUAUGUAAGUGUAGCUAAGUCCCUGCUGAUCAUCUGGAGUCUCAUUAGUUAGAGCUUAUGCUGACGAUGUAGGUUGGAUGAGCAUGAGAUCUGUACAUCUAUGUUCUCAACGAUGCCAUAUGGUGUGGUUGGUUCUACUACUAGUGUCUGAUCAUGCUGGUGUUCA